AUGUCCCCAGCAUAUACCUGGCAGUGGGACAACAUGGUUGGGGGUUGGAGGGGUGAUGAGGAGUUAGUGCAAGGCCAUCCUGGCACCUUCCGGACGAGUCGAAAUAGCCCAAUGUACUACUCCAGCAACGACACCUACCUUCUCUAUGCCCCUUGGCCAGAGAAGCCAGAUGUGGCACAAGAAGCCCCGGAGACUGUGCCCCACCACUCUUACGCUGACAGCGUGACCAGCAGCUUCCACAGUGCGACCACUGUGGCGACGAGCUCCAUGGGAGGUAUCCUGGCAUUCCCGAAGACCCGGCCUAAAGACGAGGCACUGAGGAUGGAUGCUCUAUCCGAACCUACGUUGUCAGGGGCAGACUGGUAUUUUGCUCUGGGGGUUAUGAGAACAAGCUAG